GAGAGAGAGAGAGAGCACUUUCCCACUUUUAAUCUUUUAUAUAUUGCACGCAUCCAUAGCAACCAGAAAACACAAGGAAGACAGAGUACUCCAAAGAGAAGAGAGAGAAAACCCCACCAAAGGCUGUUUUUUCAAGUAAACAACGCCACAAAGAAGAAAAAAGAUGGUGCCAAAAAAUGGGUUUGUGCUAUAUUACAAAAUUUUAGAGUCCUAAAUACAUACAGAAAAUAAGAAGUAGAAGAAGCAUCAGCAGGAGUUUGAGUUUGAGCCUUUGAGGAGUGUGGUGAAAUGGGUUUGUUCAUGUUGAGCUGUGCAUGCAUAUAACAAGUGUCUGUCUGUCUUUUGUGUCAGAAAAUUUAAAGCUCCAAAAUUUGAUUUUGUUUCUUACCUUUACUCACUGUCUGCCUCUCUCUCUCUCUCUCUCUCUCUAUGCAUACGGUCUAGUUGAUAAAAUUCACACCAAACCCAUUUCUGUUUUGUGCUUUUUGAAAGUCUUUGGUGGUGGGGUUCUUGUCUUUCAAAAACUGGAGGGUUUUGGGGUAUUGAGUUCUUGUGAAUUGUUGUUGUUUUGGUUCACUUUCUUAGAUGAAGGCCAUGCCCCUACCCUUUGAGGAGUUUCAAGGGAAGGGGGUGUUAGAUUUCUCUACUGCUUCUUCAGAUUCAUUUCCCCAUCUCCACCGUCUUUACCAACAACAGCAACUACAAAAGUGGCACAACACCAACAAAGAAAAUUGCUAUGUGGGCACUGAGCCCACCUCAGUUCUUGACACAAGAAGCCCCAGCCCUCCAACUUCAACCUCAACUCUGUCUUCCUCUCUUGGCAACGGUGUGGCUUCAACAACAGCAACAGCAAAAGCAGCAGCAACGGCCUCAGAGAGUCACCACCAACCUUCUUCCCAAACUAGCUUAGACAUAGGUGAAAAAUGUGGGCUUGGAAUGGAAGACUGGGAAGGUGUGUUGUCUGAUUCCUCAUCAGGUCAAGAACAGUCUAUUCUGAGAUUGAUUAUGGGGGACGUUGAAGACCCAUCUCUGGGUCUCAACAAGCUCUUGCAUCAAGACCUUGAAUUCAAUUCAGGUUUUGGUAUGAUAGAUCAAGGUGCUGCCUUUGGCUGCCUUGAAAUGCCCAACAAUUUGUUGCCUAGCAUUGACCCUUCUGCUGAUUUUCCAUUCAAUGGUGGUGGCACCAAUGCAACCAGGCUUGGCUCAGUUUCGACCCCAAAUCACAGCCCCAUGUUCUCUGUUGCAACAAGUAAUAAUCUUUUGCCAGCCUCUCUAUCUCAUUCACCAGCCAUGUUUCAUCAUCAACAACAACAACUGCAGGUGCAAACAAUUGAAACUGUAGAUGAGAAGCCACAGAUUUUCAAUCCCCAGAUGAUACACCCGAAUCAAGCCCAGUAUGCUCAAAACUCGGCUUUGUUUAUGCCUUUGACAUAUGCCCAAUUGCAAGAGCAUCACCUUGGUUCAUCACCACUGGCAAAAAGGCAUAAUCUUGGGGGUAUUGGGCCUAAUUAUCAGGUCCCCAAGUCACCGUUUUCGGAACCGGGGCAAGAGCUUCUUCGAAGACAGCAAAAUCAGCUUCAGAUGCUUCCUCAGCAUAUCCAGCAGAGGCCAAUGAUGGUUUCAAAGCAGAAAAUGGUGUGCAAUGAAUUGGCAAACCAACAGCAACAGCAACAGCAAUUAUUAUUUGAUCAGUUAUACCAGUUAGCAGAGCUGAUAGAAACUGGGAAUAAUCCGGUACUCGCGCAAGAGAUAUUGGCGCGGCUCAAUCACCAGCUCUCUCCAAUUGGUAAGCCUUUUCAAAGGGCUGCUUUUUAUUUCAAGGACGCCUUGCAAUUCCUCCUUCAUAAUACUAAUAGCAAUGCUUCUUUGAAUAUGUCAUCACCACCACCACCACCACCUAUUAGUCUAAUUUUCAAGAUUGGUGCUUACAAAUCAUUCUCAGAAGUCUCUCCUGUACUUCAGUUUGCCAAUUUUACUUGUAACCAAGCUCUUCUUGAAGCAUUGGAUGGCUUUGAUACCAUUCACAUUAUUGAUUUUGAUAUUGGGUUUGGUGGACAAUGGGCUUCUCUUAUGCAAGAGCUCGCCUUGAAGCAAGGCGGUGGUCCAGCUCUUAAAAUCACUGCAUUUGCAUCCCCAUCCACACAUGAUGAACUCCAGCUUGGUUUCACUCUAGAAAACUUGAAACAUUUUGCUUCUGAGAUUAACCUUGCAUUUGAGUUUGAAUUUUUAAGUUUUGAGUCCUUGAACUCUGGUUCUUGGCCAUUGCCCCUUCAUGUAUCGGGGAGUGAGGCAAUUGCAGUGAAUCUGCCAAUUGGUUCCUUUUCCAACUACCCUUUAUCGCUUCCUUUGGUUCUUGGCUUUGUAAAGCAGCUCUCACCGAAAAUUGUGGUCUCUCUGGAUAGAGGUUGUGAUCGAACUGAUCUCCUUUUCCCCCUCCACAUAAUUCAUGCCGUUCAAUCUUAUUCGGGCCUGCUUGAAUCGCUGGAUGCUGUUAAUGUCAACCCAGAUGCCUUGCAAAAGAUUGAGAGAUAUUUGCUACAACCGGGAAUUGAGAAAAUUGUGUUGGGUCGUCGCCGUUCACCUGAUAGAACGCCUCCAUGGAGGGGUCUUUUUUUGUCAUCUGGAUUCUCCCCAUCGACAUUCAGCAACUUCACCGAGUCCCAAGCAGAGUGUCUGGUGCAGAGGACUCCAGUUCGGGGAUUCCAUGUCGAAAAGAAGCAAACUUCACUUGUUCUUUGCUGGCAGCGAAGGGAGCUUAUCUCAGCUUCAGUUUGGACGUGCUGAGAAGAGUUGCAUUUUGGAAUUGGUUUUACAACUACCAAUUAAUUUUUAUUGCCAGGGUGCUUCAUAACUUACUGUUUUAGUGGAUCUCUUUUUUUUUCUUAAACUCUCUCGCCUGUUGUUCUUCUAUGCUAAUUGUCUAUGCACAUUAGGCCAAUGUUGCCAAUCAAGAAACCAAAUAUUUUAGUAA